AUGUCUUUGUUAAAGACCCAGUUCGUAAUUGACGGUGAAACGAAUCUGGAAGAAAAAAAAAGUUAUCGGAACGACCAUGACAAAUCGUCCACUUGUACUCGCAGGUCAAACGCAUCACGCUCAACUCCCGAAAAUUAUAACUUCAGUGAUUUUCAUCUGAGAGGUACCUAUAAUAGUAUAUAAUAUUGUAUUACAUUAAAGAGUUAAAAUUAAAUAUAGAUUAAGAUUUUAAAUUAUAUAUACCUAUAUUCAGACCUGUACAGGCCUGCUGGGUAACUGAACACGAUACGCCCUAUCAUAAUGAGUCCUUUAUAACACACACAGACAGUGACGUUCUCAGGAAUUUCCAAUUUAGGGGGGGGGUCUGUGGGUAAUUUCUAGAAAAAUAUGUAAGGGGCUAUCGGCGCAUAUCCCUCUAGUUAUGACAUUUAAUAUUAUUUUUAAUAAUUAUGAUAUAAAAUAAAUAACAAUAUAAAAUUUAAUGCACUUGUUAUUUUAUAAAAAAUUAACAAUAUAAAAUUGAAUGCGCUUUUUAUUUUUAAUAACUUAUCAAUCAUUUUUUGAUGCAACAAAUAUAUUUAUAUUGCAAUUGUAAAUAUAAACUAUACGAUACAAUGCAUUUUCACAUCCUUUACAUAUUGAUUUAAAACGAAUUAAUUACAAAAAAAAAAACCCCGGUUAAUGGGGGGUUAAGUCCCAUGAAACCCCCUCCGUGAGUACGCCCAUGCACGCAGACAUUAUUACAUUUACAAUUUUUAAAAAAAUAUUAAUAGAAAAUAAUAGGUAUAACUAGUAGGUAUUACUGAAAAUCCAGAAAUAUUACCUGUUAUAAUGCGUUGUCCUUGUCACAUGUUACUGUAUUUUAUGACAAAUGUUUACUAUAACUGCUCUUAUAUUGUAAUUAUUAUUACAAUCGGAAUUCCAUGUUAAAACCCAGCGGCCACCGAGAUGGGCAAAUCUGUUUUCAUUACUUAUAUUUUCUAAGCAUAUAUAAGUGGUCAUCUUUACAUAUAAUAUAUCGUAAUCAUCCUUCAUCGUCCCCUUAAUUGGUAUCCCUAUUACAUCUAUAGAGUUGCCGAAAGUCCUAUAUUGUGUGGGACAGUCCUACAUUUGUUUGUAUUUUGUCCAACAUCCAAAAAGUCUUUUUAAACUUCAUGCAGGACAGUCCUACAUUUCAAUAUAGGUACAAUUUAGACCAUAUAUUAUAAUUUAAGGUACUUACCUAUACGAAAAAUAAAUUUGUAUAAAUUGUUAAACUAGACUUUAAACUUUUUAUAUAUUUAUACUUUAUUGUUAAUAAGUAGUAAAAAUAUUAGUAAAGAUUUUUUUAAGAUCUACUAAAAUGUUACUAUUUUUUUUUUUCAAGUAAAAUCCGUGUAGAAAAAAUCGAUUACCUUUUAAUGUCUUGUAUCAAUAUAAAGUUUUUCAAUUCAGUAUUUUCGAUUUUAUUUUAUAAUAUUUUGUGACUGUUCGUUCUUUUAAGAUUUUUAUUUUUACCUAUUUUAUGUGUAAUAUAUUAUAAUUUCGGUAUAUGGUUCACUAGCAAAAAUGCGUAAUAUAAUAAUUAUAACACUUGUAUUUACGUAAAUGCAAUUUGUGCAAAAUGAUUUUAGAUUUCAUUACUUGUAUACAGAGCGUUCGCCGAAGCAGUGUUGUAUGCUGUUCGAUAGAGGUUAUUUCUGCACCGUCCUGUUGAUUUUCGUUUACGUUUCAUAUUAUUAUAAUAUUGUUUUAUCGACCACGGCGUGUUGAUGUGUUUAUAUUUUAGCGUACGCAAAUAGUAUACAAGAUUUACAUAUGUGAUCGUAUCGUAUUUUAGUACAGACACGUAAGACGCUGAAGACAAUAAUAUUUUGACAUAAUGUAUAAUAUCAUUAUCGUUAUUUAAUAUAAAACGCACGUUUUAAAGAAUUAUGAUUAGGUACGACAGGUAUAUUAUAUUUAAUAAUAAUAAUAAUAAUAUGUUCAGCCUAAAUCAAAUUAUUAGUUUUGAAAUAUUUUACAUCGAUCUACACUAUCCGUCACUUGAGUCGAAUUUCUGCAAGCUGACUUAUAACAAUAUUUUAUGUUUUUUUUUAUAAUAGUAAGGAAUUGAACAAAAAAAAUUCAUCGAAAUAGAUAAAGUAGUGAUUUUCGCAUACAUACAGACGGUGGGGUCAGGAAUCGGAAACUCAAACUUUCGAAAGGCACAUUCUCGAUAGUAAUUCUGUUUAGUAAAAACCGCCACUACUGUUUACAUAUUAUAUACAUUUUGUAUUUUAAGUUUCUUACUUUUAUGGGUCUGUAAGAACAAUUUAAACCUGUGAAAACAUUAAAUCUGAGCAUAAUAAUGGUUGGAGAUGGGAUUAAAAGUUGAAAUCACCAUAAGGCAUAUACUUAAUACUUACACCAUGCACGUACAAAUGUUAUCCUUUUAGCUUCAUUUAAGAGGUCUGUAGGAGUGUAAAUGGCCAAAAAACUACUUUAUCCCACAAAAUCAUGGUGAAGCUCAUAUUAUUAUUAUUUAUUAAUAUCACAACAGGCAAUUUCGCAUAUAAAUACAAGUAAUAUUACAUAGACAUUAAACAUUAAACAUAAUACUAUUUAAAGGGGGUAGCUUACAAAAGUAAUACAAAAGAAACAUUAAAUUAAUACUAAAACAUGCAGAUUUAGAAAUUUAAAAAAAGAGGGGUUUUCGUUAGCCAAUUGCAUCAUACGAUUUAAGGAAUGGUUACGACCAAAGUUCGUGGAAUGUAUCGGGACAAAAAGGGGGCGUGAGAACGCAAAAAACGAGAGAGAACUCUGAAGUUCAGCUGGGAAAGAAGGGAAAAUAUUUAAAUUAAAACAAAAUUAUUUUAAUUCAAUCCACCUAUAGUAAAAAAUCUUCUUGGUCCGGUAAGAGCCACUAUAAGUGUCCAAAUGUACGGGGAAUAUAUUUAUAUAUAUCAAAGUGAUUCUUUUAUUAUAAAUCAUCUACAAUUUUCUCGAAGAAUUUUAAGUGAAUUUGAUUUCUGUUCUUUUAAUAAUUAUGGAAUCGUUAAAGCUUUAUUGAAAAACUUUUCACUUUUUACCCUUACAUGAGUAUCAAUUUCAAAUCACAAUCCACAUCCCCUAUCAAUCACGGAUUUAAAUAGAAUUUACCGUUUAUGAGUUGUAUCAGUUUAAAAUGUUAAGAAUGUAGCAAUUUAAAAAAAGAGGGGUAAACCAGGGGUAAAUAAAUAGUAUGAUGGUAUAAAUAAUAAUAGAAUAAACUGGGUGUUUUAUUUUGAUACUUAUAUUAAAUCUGGUAUUUGAAUUGUUAUCUUCCAACUACUGUUCGAAAGGCUACGGAGUCGUGAGUUCGAGAAUAAUGAUGAUGUCAAUAAAUAGAGAUUAUUAUUGUUUUAUCCGCCCACGGAGUUAGAACGCUAGGGUUAUCAAUCGUAGAUGUCCUCACGUGAUCCUGGAAUUGUAGGACGACAGUUACAAUUCAAUCAAAAUAAUCUAAAUUAAUCUUAAUACUUAAAAACUGCGUGCACUCUGAUAGUAAAUGCUAAUGUUUAAAUCAGGAUAGAAAAAAGGUUGAAUAAUUAAAAUAAAUGUAUAAAAUAAAUUGAACACAAGUGAUUAUAGCUGCUAAAAUUCAGAGUUGGCUAUUCGAGAGAGAUAUACAAAAAAAAAAAAGGUGGUAGUGACAGUAUGUGUUCGAUGCAGGGUUCUCGACAGAAUUGUUGUCCAGAUUUCUCGCGCGGGCGAGUCGUUCGAGACAUCAAGAAAAACCCGUUAUUUUUUUAUUUAAGAGAUUUACGCUUCGGAAUCUAUGAAUGGCGAUCCGUUGAUCAUGAAAUCCCUUUUUUAUUUAGUAAUAAUUUUGUUUACGCUACGGCGGCGGUGAUGUCACAGACGUGCCAACCGCCAUGUGCAUUUUAUUUGUCUAACCAUAUUAUCAUGUUUUGACUACGAUCGUAGAAUUAUGUAUUUCUCUUUCGAAUAACAAAUGCCCCUUGUAUUUAUUAUAUCAACAACUUUGUUUUUUUACUAAAUACCAAGUACUCGGCCGUAUCCAAAUCUUUUAGUCCCACGUUUAUAAAUAUAAAUAAUUGUAUACAUGUUGCGUGAGCAUAACAUUACAAGACUAGAGACGUAGAGAAGGAUAAUACAUUGCAUAUCUGUUUUCAAAUGUUAAAUUGAUAACUCUCCCCUGCUUCUUUGAUCUAAAUUUUUAACUAGUAUAAUUCAUAAAUGAUAAAUCUGGUAUAAGUGUUAUGGAUAUUAAUAAUUCUAGAAAAAUAUUCUGUGAUUGAUCGGAGGUGGUUGUUAUUUAAAAACCCAAAGUGAAUAUACAAUACAGGUACAAGGAGUCGAUAUUAAAAAUUUUAAAAUAGUGUUAAAAUAAUAAAUAAACAAUUCCCAUUAUGGUAAACAAAAAAAAAAAAAACAUAAAUCAAAUUCACUUAAAAUCAAUAACAAUUCUAAUGAAUCAUCGGCUUCGUCGAUUUCUUUAUUAUUUUUCAUUUCGUAUAAUAAUAUGAUUUCAUUAAAAAAAAAAAAAGAAAAUUGCAUUGAUUAACAUAAUAAUAGAUACGCGUCAUAUCGUUUCGUUUAUAUAAUGAUGAAUUAUGAUUAAUUAUUUUCCGUAUAGUAAUAAUAAUAAUAAUUAUUAUUUUUCAGUACAAUUAUAAUAAUUAAAAUCGUGACAAUCAACGUUCUUAUAUAAAAUUAUUUUAAACGCUGCCCUUUGAUUAUAAUAGUCACGUGCUUCGGUGUUUGUGACGUUUCCGUUCGUUAUUCACACGACACCGACUAAAUUGAAAGAUGAAAACGAUUUAAAUAAAAUUGUAUAAUAUUUGUCUAUAGCGUACCUACUUCGUAAUAAUACACGCGUAUAUUUACGUUUCCAUUAUAUUCUCGUGGGUUUCGACUCUUCUAUCUCGUCGAGAGCUGUGUUUCAGACGUUUCAAUUAUAUUAUACGGCACACAAUGACAUUUGCAUUAUUAUAUAUUAUUGUUGACGUACGCGUUUACCUCGUCAUUUCAAAGAAAGUCAUGUUUUUUUUCCCCGUUUUUUUCUGUGCAUAAUAUGGUGAUUCUGUUAUCGUUAUUACUACAAAAAGCAUUGACUUUUUUUUCAACAAAAAAACAAUUUUUUUUGACAAUUAUUUUGGAAACGAACAGCUCUAAAAUGUUACACAUUACCAUAAUUUUUUUUUCACCAAUUUUUUGGGUAGGCAGGAGGAGGAAUGAUAGGUACUCAAAAAAAAAUGUUGUUUCAAUUGUUCUGGAGAGGGAGGGGAAGUGUCAGCCUGACUAUCGGGUCUGGGUUGAACCGGCGGUCUACUAAGAAAAUCUUGGUUAGCCGCACAAAAUUAUGCGUACAUUUUUGUUAAUUUAAUCUAUUUUAUAUAAUUUUGGGCCAGUAAAAAUCCUAAACCACGGCUGGGACUUUCAGUCGUAUACGUAUCUGGGAACUCCUCAGGCUCUAAGAUUUAUAAAAUAUUAUAAUUUAUCACCUAACUACUGACUGUUUUAUGUGCAGAGAUUAAGAUGCACAUAGACAUAAUAAUUUAUUAUUAGUAAUUGUGUGAGUGAGUAAAUGUAUAUUAUACAAACUACAAAAAAUCUGAAAUAUCGCGACAAAAUCACUUUUGUGAAUACAUAUGUAUAUACAAUAUUAUAUUAAUAUAAUAUCACUACAAAAUUCAUUGUUAUUUUCAGAAUUAUUAUUGACCCAUAAGGUCAUAACACCGAAUUUCGAUCCCAUGCCGCUCUAAUUAGCACGGUCUAUCAAUUUUUUAUCUAUGGAACCCUUUAAAACAAAUGUUUCAGAGUCUAGAGAGAGGCCUUUGGUGUGCCAGACCUACACUGGGGGAGGGGGGUAUGUCUCUCUAAUUUUUUCUCUCAAACAUGCCGCUAAAUUAUUUUAAAAUAGAUACAUGAUAGUUGAUUCAGUGACUGGCCCAUCCAAUAUACUUAAUAUAUUUAGUGUUGCUAGUAAUUUCAUUUUUCUAGCCCUAUUCAUUUUAGAUUCUGAGUGUAGCGAAGAAUAUAUUGGUUUUACAAUGAUAUUUAUUUUAGUUUUGUUUCUGUGGACAACUUUUCUGUCAGCAAUUUUGCUUCAAUUUUCAAUUAUAGCACUUUUUCUGAAAGGAAAUCUGACUGGGGUAGUACUUUAAGAAGGUCGUUUUUGAUUUUAUCAGAUGCUUUCAUAAUAAAUGUGAAAACCCGGGAAAAUAGGCACACUAUUAAACAAAUUUGAUCAAAGAAAAUAUAUAGCACAUAUGUAAAUAUUUUACCAUAAUAUGAUAUAUUAUAUUGUACAUUGUUGAGAAUCGUUUUUUGUAGGCAGUGUUUAAUCGUUGCGUACAGAUAAACAUUAAAUUUCCCCCCUUACCUUCCCAACUUCUCACCUACAACAGUGCCUCACCCAUCGUGCAAUGUAUGUACGUAUCUUUGUAUCUUUCUAUUAUUUCUUUAUAUAUAUAAAUCAAUUAACAUAUCACUUAUCGCUACAGAAAAAACGGAUCGUAUGGUCAGUCAUACCGACAUUUGGUGAAUAAGAUAAGGUUUCAAACCAAUUCGCCGGUCCAUUGAAAAUAUUUUUAUUAUUAUUGUACAUGUUCAUUGAUCGGAUUUUUUUUAAAUUUUUAGAUAACUGGUAUAUCGCGUAUGACAUCACUACCAUAUUAUUUAUUGUUUUAAAUUUAAAAAAAUAAAAAGAUACUGACAUACUUCGCACUAUGGGUGGGUCAUUGUUGUAGGUGAGAAGUUGGGAGUGUAGAGUGGAAAUUUAAUGCAUAUCUGUUCGCAGCGAUUAAGAUUAACGAUUAAAACGAUUCUGAGUGAAGUUCGGUUAAUAGUGUUUCUUUGUCAACAAUAUAUAUAGGUACCUAUGUCAUAUUGUGGUAGAAUAAUAUUACAUAUGCAUUAUAUAUUUUAUUAAAUAAUGUUUGUUGAACAUUGUAUCAAUUUUCCCGUAUUUCUACGGUUUUUCCCAUUUAUCUUGUAAACUCCCGGGAAAAUCAAAAAAUGACCUCCCUUAUGUACCGCCCCGGUCAGAUUCCCUUUCGGAAAAAGUGCUUUAAUCGAAAAUCGGGACAUAAUCGCCGGUAAAAAAGUUGUUUACGGAUAAAAAAAAAAAAAAAAAUCAUUGUAAAACCACUAAUAUACGUUGCUCGAAUAUUCCGGAAUCUAAAACGUAUACCGUCACGGCGGUACUAUUAUCGUAAUAAUGCUACGUAUAUAAUAAUAUACUGACUACCUAUAUACGAUCAUAUGUUAAUGCGGGAUUAGUUUUCGAUGACGACGGCGACGACCGUUUCAAUAGGCUUAUAUUUGGAUACGAUCAUUAUGUACCCGUUGUUGUCUAUAUGUAUACGAUUUUAGUCGCGUCGUAUCGGAACGUUUGUCACGACGCGAGUCGACGCGUGUGACGUACACAAAGAUAAGAUUUAAAAAAAAAAAAAUAUAUAUAUAUGGGUACACGUAUAAUACUAUUAUCUAUAAAUACUAGCGCACGCGUACACUUAUAACAUUACGAGUGCGCCAUUCGAGUGCAAGUCAAUUGCCUUAACGUCUCUCUGUACACAAUAAUAUCGCAACGUCGCGUACGAUCCACCGACGAUUAUAUUGAUUCGACGCGUACUUUACGCAAUAUUAUUAUUAUAUUAAUAUAUUACACGAACAUUCCGAUUUCCUAAAACGGAUCGGAAUUCGGCGGCGUCAACGCUGUUUUUGUUUUAUUUUUUGUUUUUUUUUUUGACGCCUGCCGCCGCCGCAAUAUACUGCAAUAAUAAUAUUAUAACGUAACAACCGGUUAUUGUUUUUUUUUUUUUAUUAUAAUUUCGUUUUUUAUUGUUUUCGCGUUAGUAAAUAUUAUUUUGCCCGACUAGACUAUAAUAUUAUAGUAUAAUAUAAUAAUUUGUUAUAGUUGUGUGCGUGCACGGCGCAAUAUAAUAUAUUAUUGGGAUAGAAACAGAAAAAAAAAAAGAGAUAUCUCAAGAAAUAUUAAGCGCCGCACCUGUAACGCCUGUAUAGUGUAAUAGCAGGUAUUGACAGACUCGUAAAAAUAAUAAGAUCCGGUUAGGUUAAGUUUUUUGUUUCAAUUUGAUUUUUAAAUUUUCGCUACGUCAAAAAUAUUUUAACUAUUACAUUAUUCAGACUUAUAUUUUCUUGUUAAAAGUCGAUCUUAUUCAGCGAAUAAUAUUGUUAUAUUAUUAUUUCAAUUUAGAUUUGCUGAUUUUACCUACAACUGUAACAUUAGACGGAACUUAUUUUACUGCAGAACUGCUUUGUUUAAAAGGUUUUCUUUAAGUUUUCGAAAUAAAAUACAAAACCGACCCUACUGUAUUAACGUUACCUAUAUAGAUAACAAAAAAAUAAUAAUAAUGUAGAGGAAAAACAAAAUAAAUUCGUUUCUUAUAAGAAAUAAUACGCAUUACAAGACAUCCUGGGGGUUUUUGCAGAUCGUAUUACCGUGAAAAAAGUUAUCGAACAAAACAAAAAAAAAAAAACGAAACAAAAUUAGUUUGUUGCAUUUUUGUUUUUAGACAUCUAUCAUAUUAUUUUACGAUUUUGUAUACGUUUCAGAUACCAUAAUGCCGGAGAAGUUAUUCAAAGUAAUCAUAAUCGGAGAUCCGACCGUGGGCAAGACCGCGUUCGUCAAACGAUACGUACAAAACUCGUACACCAGGGAAUACAAGGGUACCGUCGGUGUGGAUUUCGCGUUGAAAAUUAUCAAAGUAUCCGACACAGAAACUAUAAAGUUACAACUGUGGGAUAUAGCAGGUUUGUUUUGGGUCUUAUAUAAUAAUUUUAGUCGUACAAACCUAUACACGAGUAUGUAAUAUUAUUACGUGCGAUAGUCACGAUAGGUAAUCCGAGUAUAAUAUCGAUUACGUGUUUAUAAGAAGAUUAUAAAUAAUAAUACCAAUAAUGAACUGCCGGAGAAUAUUUUCGUUAAUAUUGAAUCGUUAUCGAAAAAUAUAGGUAUAUAUAUUUUUUUUUUUAUCCGAGUUGUAACAAUAUUAUUGCAGUGGUAUUCAUUACACUAUUAUGAUGUGUUAACACACAGAGGAUUUUGCAGCAACGCAAUUUAUAAUAUGUUGCAGUGUACAAAGACUAAUGUAUAAUUAUUAUAAGUACUGCGGUUUAAUAAUUUAUGUGAGAAAGUGCUGUUUUGUGGGUACUUUAAAUAAUAAUAAUUGUUCUCGCAUAUCUCUGCUAAAUCGUAUGACGUAUAUUCGUAUAGUGAGAAUAGUGAAGUGAGAACCUAAAUACUAUUUUUGGACAAAUCAUAUAAUCAGUGCAACAAGGCCGUACAUAAAAAAUUGUACAUUUUUUUGGAGACUAUUUUCUAACUACUGUAUAUGGCGUUAUCGCACUGACAGUGCGAAUAAAUCUAUGCCCCCAACGAAAAGUGUCGUAAGUCGUGACUCACUUUUACAAAAUGUUCAAGAGAAGCAAUGUAACCAUACAAAAAAAUAUUCUAAUUUUGGAUUUAAAACAUUUUUUAAUCUAUUAGAUCUUUUUUUUAAAUUCACGUAUUUCAUUUUUAGGUAAAUCUUUUUUUACCAUAAAAAUCUGGUUUUUAAAAAAAAAAUUAUGAGUUACGACUAAAAAAAAAAAAAAAAUGAUUUCCAAAAUAUGUACAAGUAUUUAAAUUUAAUACAGCGAUGAUACCUAAUAAUCAAACAUAUUGUGAUACGUGUUAUGCGUCACGUACUAUACUCACAAGACCCACCAUAUUAUUUUUCAUAAUAUUAAUAUAUCUUUGGUACCCAAUAACCAUUGUCAACUGUCUUAUUUCAUAGUUAAUAAUCAAAUAUUAAUAUAGAUCAACCGAACGAAAAUAAUCUUUUAUUUGAACAUUAGGUAAUUAUAUCGAAUAUCCUACUUAAUUGUUAAUAAGGAACAUUAAGGAACAUAUUUAAUAACCGAAAAAAUGUUUUUUAGAGAAUACAGUUGAAUAAAUGAUUUAGCCAUUAUUUAGGUGAUAAACUAUUGACAAUUUUAAAAAUUGCUUUAAGUAAAAUACUAUUGAAGGAAAUUUCCGAAUAUUCUAAAGUUCUAAAAUAAGUAGCGUAAGCAACAAGUAAUUAGUUUUCAAAAAAGUACUAUACAUUCCGUAUUUGCUACUGUAGUAUACUUUACGUGCUAUUUCAUAUAAGAUGCACUGCUAUAUUCUACAAAUUCGUGAUGUAACUUUAAAAAUAUAAGUAUAGGAGAAAACGAGAAAACCUGAAAAGUGUAAAAGAAAAUCUGAAUUUUGUUUAUGUUUAUAAGUAUUAAGAUUUUAUAUUGUGUAUUAAAAUUUUUAAAAAAGUUCCAUUGGUUGGUUAAUAAUGUUAAAAUACCAAAAAUUAACACGGUUAAAUUUUUUCAAAAUAUCGUCAGGUAAUAAUAUUCAAUAUGUUUUUAUCUCUUUACAUGGUUUAUGGUAAUAUGUUUAAGGGUAUCAUAAGAGAGGUGUGAGGGCAAAGCCCGUCACAGUAAUAUUUGGGUUUUAAUUAAGUAGGAACGCACAAUUUGUAUGUGUCAUCCGAGUACCUCUACUUUUCCAAGUCAAGCACUGAACAUAAACUUACAAGUUUACCGAGCUUUGUUAUUCUCUUGUUAUCCAACUUCAAUCAUCCUUCAACGGUGUCCUACCCUGCACAUGGUGCCGAGUAUGUCCGGCUUUUUAAAAUUACAAUAUAGUUACUAAAUAAUAUGUAUUUUUUUAAAUAUCGAUUUGUAUAGUUGAUAGAUCAGUUAUCUAUUUCGUUAUUUUUUCAAUUAUAUUUUCAAAAAAAUAAUAAUAAUAAUAACAAUAAUAAUGAACCACAUUUUUUAAAGUGAAAAUAAAAUUAUUUAAACUAUUAUAAUAUUUUGUACGAUUUUUAAAUUAUUUUUUUUCCCCGAAGGUUCGAAGUAUGAAAAAUAAAAUUGGUGUGUUUAUUUUAAUAAUAUAAUUUUAAAUUGUACACAUUUCUCGUUAGGUUUCAAAUAUACAUCAGCUUUUUCUAAUAAAAAUAUGAAUUUACAUAUUAUGUAAACCCGUUUUCUAAUUAUAAAAAAUUUCAUCUGACAUCUGAAAUAGCUAUAUAGCUGCUCUUUUUUUAUGUACAAUAUAAAACAAAUCUAAAAUGCAAACAAGGAAUUCGAAUAUAUUAGAGAACAAAUUAUUUAUACGGAACUCGCUAUUUAUAUUUGCAUUUAUUUUUUUAUUUUUAUUUUUUUUAUUGUAAUUUAAACAUGGAAUACGCAUUUUUAAAUUAUGUAAAUAUAUGUAUGUUUCACGGUACCAAAUUGUUUUUGCAAUAUUCCUGAUAUUUAUGUAAUUUUUAUACUUAUGUAUUUUUAUAUACCUAAUUCUUAAUUAAAUAAAAAAAAAAAAAUCAUGUUAUGAAAUAUGUAAAAUGACCUAUGAAAAAAAGAGUAGUUACUACUGAUGGAUGUACUGUUGUUAUAGGUGCAAAGUUUAGAAGAUAGAAUACAUAAAACAGUGUUUGAAACGUUCACUGAAAUAGUGAAUACCUUCACAUUCUCGUUUAUUAUCCAAUAAUAUGAACGCGUUCAUUGUUGCCAUUAAAUCCUUAGAUAUCAUAAAUUAUGCCACGCUCACUACACAACGUAUAUUUUAUGGUUCUUUCCUUUAUAUCCUUUAUAGUUCAGAAAAGUAGUGCUAAAAUCGUUGCGGUUCUUGCAGUAUUCUCUCUACUUUUCAAAACCCCUAGUCUCAAAACUCGACUGACAGUAAUCAAACGCCUUGUCGUUGUCAGUCCGUAUUAUGGAUUGGUUCCUGGUUGUAAUCCAGGUGUCAUUGAAAAUAUUAUUAUUACUUUUUUCUUAUCAAAUAAACGUUAAAUGAACAAAAAAAAAAAUCGUUAAUUGAUCGUGUUCUUUCUAAACACUGAUAUAAAGUUAUUUAAUUUAAAUCUGUACACAAUGAUAAAUCAUUUCUGAUGAAAUACAAUUUUGAGCAAAGUUCAAGUAAACAUGUUUUAAAAUGCUACAUUAUUUUUACAAUUUACGUUAAAAUUUGAACUUUAAACACGUAACAAAAAACUACUCCAUUAUAAUUAAGCUUGACUUUUUUCGACCAUUGAAAUUAUAACUUAUAACAAACCUCGUGUUUAAUUCCCAAGCAUUUUGGUUCGGUCAAACUAUUUUAUCCACAUAAAACCAAAUAAAAACUAAAAUCAUUGGAAAAGUCUAAUGAUAAGCUUAUGUCUAGCUUAAUAAUUGCCAGAAUGUUUUUAAAUGUUAGGUUGGUUAACUUAAUCUCCUCUGAUUUUCAUGAAAACUACUUAGAAAACUAAAAACAACAACCUCAAAGUACCAAUUAGCUCUCUUGUCGCUUGUAUUAAAAUUUCUGAUAAAAAUAGAUUUUCGCACACACACACACACAAAACUUAUUAUAGCUUUAGAUCCAAUACAUGCCUUGCAGAAUCUAAAAAUAAAAAUUGUACACAUCAUAGUAAAAUCAAUACAAGCAUGUAGCUCAUGAUUAAAAACUUUAGUGCACAAUAAUUAGGUACCAACUUAUUAUCAAUGUUUAAAAUGAAAUUGUGUAUCAAAUUAUAUAUUAAUUUGUAUGUCCACACUACGUAAGCUAUAACUAUAUAAUAUUAUAAUUUCCAAGGUUGAAAACAUAAUACAAUUUUUACGUCAUUCUGUAGCUGAUUUUUUAAUUAAAAUAUUAUUUUUAAGUCUAUAUAUACGUAGCACAGCUGAUUUUUUAAAUUAAGUAUUUUAUAGGGUGAUGUCUCUUUUGUAAAAUAUUAUAAAAUGGUUAAAGACAUCUCCGCGUAUUAUAAUAUUGCACUAACGCCUUCAGUAAUUAGCUAGAUACCUAUAUAUAUAUCAGUGUUUUUAUUUUAUUUUUUUCUUUACACGUGUUUAUAGGUCAAGAAAGAUUUACGUGGAUGACCCGCGUGUAUUACAAGGACGCACACGGAUGUGUAAUCAUGUUUGAUUUGUCCAACAAGAAUUCGUUUAUAAACUCGCUCAAGUGGAAAAAAGACGUGGAUACGAAAUGCACUCAGUCUGACGGCAAUCCUAUACCGUGCAUGUUGCUGGGAAAUAAAGUGAGCGAAUAUAUUUUGAUUUCCAAUAGUAUUUACUUACUAUACCUAUGCAAUAUAUAUAUAUUAUUAAUCAGAUUUAUUGAAUCAAGAUUUUCUUGCCAUCUACGAUGACAAAAAAAAACGCUGAUAAAUAAACAUCCGCGACUCGAAUCGAACGUCGUUGUAUAAAAUUGUUAAAUUCUUAUAACGUAGAUUAUUAUUAUAAAACGCAAACACAAAUUAAACGAAUUUUUAUAUCACUUAUUACUUAUCAGGCUAUUUAGCAAUUUUAGUAAAUUUAGUAAUUGUCAAGAAUAUAAUUUGCUUGUGUCGGAAAUUAUACAAAACUAGCUGAGACCAAAUAAUAAAGACAUGCGCUUUAAUAAUAUUGUAUCGAACUCGAACCGAACUCAGGAAAGAAAGAGAAAACAAAAUAAAAGUUCAAAAUCAAAUAUUUAUAAUAUUAUUUAAAAUUUCGGAUAAUUCGGAAACCUAUUUAUAAAUCGACGGUUGAUAUGUAUAACCAAUAGGCAUGCACAUUUUGGAAGUUACCUUGCGGUACCGUCCGUACCUAUAUAUCCUAAAAACUAACCAAUACAUUUUAUGUAACAUUUUAUAUUUUCUAUUAAAUUUUCGUACAGCAUUUUUAGAAAAAUUGGUUAGAUUUAAGAAAAUAUCGUUAUCUGUUCUAUAGGCGCAAUUUGACCAUAAAUGUCGGGAAGAAAGGAGGAGUGUGUAGAAAAAUAUAAAUCACUUUAUUUACGAUAUUUUAAAUUAUUUUUCAAUUGUAAUAACGAUGAGCAUUUUUAAUAAACUUAAAUCAAAUAUACUGUUAUAAAUAUAAAUUAAUAACUAAUAGUAACUCGGUAUAGUAAUUAAAAUCUAGAUUUUAAAUUUGUAAUUGAUUUAAUAUUUUUCAAUAUGCAACAUGCAGUGGAAAAAAUUAAUACAAUGGUAUAACUGUAGCCAUGAUUGAAAUGUGCCAUAAUUCAUAAGCGUUAAUCAAGUUAUUUAGGAUGCUAAACAAACAUUUGAGGGUGUUAAACACAUCUCUGCAGCGCUUAUGGCCUGUUGAUAAUUUGAUUAUAUAUUAGUUUUAGAGAAAAAAACCACAACCUAAAUGUCCAAAUAAAAAUUAUAUUAUGAAACCGAGCGCAUAGCAUGUGAUGUAUAUACUGAGUGAUCCAUUUAAGUGGGUACACUCAUUAUCUCGGAAAGUAUUAAAUUUUUUCGGAAUUUCUUUUCUAGAACAUUUAAGAAACAAGCUGCUCUACAAUUUUAUUUUUAUGUUGUUUUUGUCACUCUUAUUUUUGGGGGUAAAACCACUACCUACUUUUGAUUUUAUAUUCUAUAAAUAUAUUGUGUAUUAGUUAAAAUAAAUUUUAGUAAUGAAAUGUUUGAUUUCCGUCGAUCGGUUGACGAGAUAUUCCGCUUUUAAGUUUGAGUUGGAUGAGAGCAGUGAAGUAUCAUUUGUGUGGCGGUGUGGCGCGCGGCGUGUUAAUAAUGCACCAUUACUCUCCUCCAACCUCGUCAACCGAUCGACGGAAAUCAAACAUUUCAACACUAAAAUUUAUUUUAAUUAAUACUCCAUAUAUUUAUGGAAUUUUUAAUAUAGGUUGCCAUUUGAAAAUCAAAAGUAGGUAGUGGUAUUACCCCCAAAAAAAAGGGUGACAAAAACAACAUAAAAAUAAAAUUGUAGAGUAGCUUGUUUCUUAAAUGUUUUAGAAAAUAAAUUCCGAAAAAAGUUAAUACUAUCCGAGAUAAUGAGUUUACCCACUUAAAUGAAUCACCCGGUAUAUAAGCGUUGAAUGUUUCCUGCUCAGUAAAUUAAUAAUCGGGGACUGUAUGCUCGUAAAAAAAAUAAAUAUAACGUGUCAAAGUCAAUACGUGCAGCCCCACUCAAGUUCAAUAGUUUAAAAACUAAAAUAUUAAUACGAUGACAGGCGUAGUAUACAUUUUAGUGACCCUGUAAAGUGCGUUAAUGUUUAUAGUGUGUUCAAUUCAAUGUUUCGUGUGUCAAUGAUAAUUAUAUUAGAAGCUAUAACUCCGAAACGCUAUCAAGAAAUAAAUGCGUUUGACCUGAGCACGUUCAAUUCUCGUUAUCGGAAACACUAUUAAAAAUCUAAUAAUAAAUAAUAAUUAAUAUGCAAUAGGUAUGUAUUAUUUGCGUCGUUCAUAAUAUUAUAUCAUACACGAUAAUGUGGUGGAAGCCAAAUAAAAAAAAAAAAUAUGUUUAUAUUAUACGCAAUCAAAUAAAAUAUAUAAUAUUGUAGUUUUGAAAAAUAUUAACCUGCGUAGAUAUAUGUCUAACAAUGGAGGCUGGGUACAGACAUUUUUAUCUUUGUCUGACAUGCUUACAUACUCCUCAACGUAUAUAAAAUGUAGAACAUUUUCUUUCGAUCGAUGUAGCGAAACGAUGCGAAAUUCUGCCCGGAGUUACAAGAAAUGGGUCAGUCCAUUUAUUUAUUUUUCAAUUUAAUUUUACGAUUUUCAUGUUUUUGGUAAAUUUUCAUAUAUUUUCGGAAAUUAACUAUUAAAAUACGAAGAAGAAUUAAUUCAGAGUUACGAAAUGUUUUAAACGCUUGUAUAAAACGUUUUAAACUGUCAAAAAUUAAAUUUAAACAACUAUUAAUAUAUUUUGAAGAGUGAAAACAAUAAUAUAAUUCAUAUUCGUUCUUAAAAUAUAAAUGAAAAUUAACAGUUAUUAUUAAAAGAAGUAUCUAAUAUUUUAUUUCAAUUAUUAUUUUGUUCUUAAAUAUCUAUGAGAAAAUUCUGAUUUAUUAUAAUAUUAAUAUUAACAAAAUAUAACGUUAAAAAAAAUAAAAAAAAUGGAAAUCAGUUUUCGGGAUUUUUAUACUACUUACCACUAUACGAUGCCGAUCGAUGGAAAAUUGGUCUAAAUAAUUAUUGAUAUUUUGCGUAUAUGCGUUAGACAAAGAAAGAAACGAUCAGUAUCUAAUACUCUUAGUUAAGUAAUAAUAAAUUCAAGUUGAACCAUGCUGUAUAUAAUUAUGUUUGUUAAACACUAUAAAUAAUAUUGUUACGUUCGAAUCAAUUAGGUAUAAUGAAAUUUUAUUAUUCGUGUGUAAGUGGGUGUUUUUUUUUUAUAUUUACAAACAAUAGUUUACGCAUUACGUAACGUAAAAAAAUCAACAUUUUUAUAAACUUGUAAACUACUACAGGGCGAAUGAAUAAUAAUGCAAAUAAUAACCUAUAAUACAAACAUUUAAAUGAAUACACGUGUGCAUAGUACAGAAAUCUAAUAAUUGAUUAUAAAGACCUUGGUAUGAUCGCCAGAUAGGUAACUCGCAAUUUGUUUUUUUCAAAAAUGCUCUCUUUGACAGCAUUAUUUAAAGUAAAACAUAAUAGGCCGAUAUUACCGAUAGUUAUGUCACUGUUUUAGAAGAGAAGUUGAAAGGGAAAUUUAAUUGAUGUCUGUACGCAACGAUAAACCGUCGCUAAAGAAAAACGAUUCUGAACCGAAUAAUUAGUCGUAUUUUAGAUUCUGAGAGGACCGAGGAAUGUAAUAGUUUUACAAUGAUAUUUAUUUUUUUAUUUUCUGUGAAUAACUUUUUUACCAGAAAUUUUGUUUCGAUUUUGAAGUGUAGCACUUUUUCUGCAAGGAAAUUUGACUGAGGUGGUACUUUAUAUAGGUCAUUUUUGAUUUUUUCAGGGGUUCCGUAAUAAAUGGCAAAAAACGGGAAAAUUUAUGCAAUGUACUAAUUUAAAAUUGUAAAUAUUAUAUAAAUAUUAUAGCCUUUCAAAAUAUGUAUAACCGAACACCGCUCAGAACCGCUUUUCGUUAGUAAUAUUAAAUCAUUGCGUACAUAUAUACAUUAAAUCUACCUACUACCUUCCCAACUUCUCAUCUAGAACAGUAACCCAUCGUUGCAAAUUAUGUCCGUUUUUCCCUUGUUUCCAAGAUAGUCCGAAAAUGAUACAACAAAUUGCCAGUUUUUCCCAAUUAUUAAGAAAACUAUACUAGAAAAAUAAAAAAAAAAAACACUAAUACCAAACCAAAAAUUAUUCAAGAAAGGUUUUGAUUGAAGCAAAAUAUCUGUUAAAAAAAGUUGUUUACAGACAGAUAAAAAAAACCGAGCAACUUCGCACGAUGGAUAAGCUACUUUUGUAGUUGGGAAGUUGAGAAGGUAGAAUAUAGACGAGAAUUUAACAUGUAUACCUGUAAGCAACUAUUAAUCAUUGUUAACGAGAAAACAAUUUUGAGCGGAGUUCAGUUGAUAUUAUUUCUGUGUCAACAAUAUAUAUAUAUAUAUCAUAUUAUGAUAAAAUAGUUAUUAAAUAUGCAUUAAACAUUUUGUUUGAUAAUAUUUGUUUAAUAUUAUACCUAUUUUUCCGUUUUCCUCAGUUUUUUUUAGGGUUUUUCAAUAUAUUGAAAAAACCUACUGGGGAAAUCAAAAAAUGACCUUCCUAGAGUACCACCCCAGUCGGACUUAAUUUCAGAAGAAGUGCUUUACUUGUAAAUCGGAGCAAUAUUUCUGGUAGAAAAGUUGUUCAUAGAUUAAAUAAAUAAAUAAAUAAUAAACAUCAUUGUAAAUCUAUAAAUUUCUUCGCCCCACUUAAAAUGUAUAAAACCAAAGAAAAUGUAUUAAAUAUAAAAAACGUUAUUUUUAAAACCCUCAUAUUUCUUUUUUUUUUUACCACCAAUUACAACUUAUAAUGAAUGGUGUGUUGAAUUUUCAAACCAUUUCUAUUCGGCCACAAUUCUAUUCACAAAAAAUUGAUAAAAAUUCAAAAAUUUCAAAUACCUAUAUAAUAGGUAUAGUUUAUACAUUUUUACCUAUUACUUAUGGUUUUAUAAGUCAAUUAUUUUUAAUCGAAUUACAACAACAAAUAAAAUCGAAAAUAAUGAAACCUUUAAUGCCGUGCAUUAUUCCGUUUUUUCUCAAUUAUUAAGAAAAAUUUACAGAAAAUCAAAAAACGAUCUUUUAGACCUCCUAGACAAUAUUGAUUCCCUUUCAAAAUAGUCACUAUUCUUGAAAUUCUGAGUAAGUUCAUAGAAAAAUUAAAUUAAAAACAAUUAAACUUUUAUUGUCCGUUUUUCUUGUAUAGUUGUCCUAGUGAUUUGAUGUGAACUGUUUGGAAAAUCAAUAAAUGACCUCCCCAACUAAAUUCAAAAUACUCCAAAAACUCUUUUGUCGUCUUUUUAUUUUAAUUCCAUUAGAUUUCUGGAAGAAAAGUUGACAGACUAAAUAAAUAUGAUAAAAUAAAAUCACAGUAAAAUCAUAGUAAAACCAAUACAUUCCUCGCUCCGCUCAAAAUCUAAAAUAUAUCACAGUAAAACUCAUCCGCUCAGAAUCUAAAAUGCUCUAUAUGUAGCUGUAACAAUCUGCAAAUGAAUCCGACAGUGCUAAAUGCUAUCAGCAUAAUAUUAGCUAUUAUUAUAAUAUUAUUACCCAUGUUCCUGAACAUUGUCUGAUGCAACGGUCAAAUAUAAUUUCGAGGAAAAAAAAAUAUAAACGUUGUGUUUUUUUUUAUUGCUUCUGAAAAAACAAAAAUAAUUUCGAAAAGUGAAACUAUCCUUUGGGCGUUAUCCCGUGGGUCUUCAAUUAUUAUUAUUAUUUUUGUACAGCGAGUAGAAAUUAAAACAAAAAUAAACCUCACGCGUAUGUUUAUACAGAAUUGUAAUUCCAUUAAGUGUUAUAUUUCAAAAAAAAAAAAAAAAAAUUUAUUUAAACCGUAUAGGUGUUAUAUAUCCUUAAUAAAGCUAAUAAUAACUCGUCAUUUCUAUUGGGUACUAAACUAAUAUUUUGCGCGUUAUAAAUAUUCGCGAACACAACAAGUGUAUUAAUAUGAUUGGUUUUCGCGAUAUUUCACGUUCGAAACACAUUUCUAGUUGAUACAUACAUACAUAUAAUAUAAUAAACGCGUUGCAUACGGUUUUUCGUCAGUAAAAUAAUAUUAUUAUAUUUUAUUAUAUCGAAUAUACAGUGCAAAUACGAUACGAUUGGUCCAAAACGAACGCCGCCGAGACGGUAUUAUUAUUUAUUUUAGACGGUUGUAUUUAUUUUGCGAAGAAAUUUCCACAGAAAACGCAAUACCAUCAAACGCCGCAGCGAUAAAUCCGAUUUCGUUCGGAAUCGAAUUUUAUUCUCCGUCGCAUUAAAAAUAAUACGAUUUAUAAAAACUGACUGCGUAUACGUUUCAUUUUCGGAUUCGUAUAAUAAUAUAUAGGUAUAUAUAUAUAUAUAUAUAUAUAUAUAUAAAGGAGCGAGAAUAAUAUAGUUUUUAUUUGAUUUUUAUAUCAAUGUGUGUGCGGUUUUUAUGUGAUAUUUUUUUUUUUUUUUUUCGGGAAAAUCACUUUAUGCGAUGGCAUCGGGUUUAUACUGCGUACUAAAAUAUAUAUAUUAUACACUCGAAAAGUUGUAAGUAUAAUAAUAUACGUAGUAUACCUACAAGUUACAAUACCGAUCGAUAUUUUGAAAUUGAAAUUGGGUCAUACGUAUAAUAUAUAUUAUAUAUAUAUAUCUAUAUAUAUACCUAUAAAAAAAUAUAUUCUUGAUCGAGGUAUUUUUUUCUUUUACUCUUCUUAAGCAUACUAGAAAAAAAAAACUUAACGAAGUACCGAAAAACCCCAAAACGUAAUACCAUAUUCUUUUACGGUAUGCCCGCGGUUGUUGUUGAAGUUUUUUUUUAUAACCAAAUCAAUUUUAAAUAUAAUAUAGUUUUCACAUAUACCUACCUACUUGUUAUUUUAUCAUAAUAUAACUCGGGAACAUAAAAAAAAAAAAAAAAUAUUUUAUUGAUCUUCGAAUUGUUUUUUGUGCAAUAUAAUUUAAUAUAAUACCCUCUUAUAUAAUAUUAUACCGUUAGAUUUGUAUUUCUAUUGUAAGCUAUAUACUGUUUGAAAAAUAAUAAUAAAAAGUGAACCGAUUCAAUAUGUAUCCAUACUAAUAAUGUCAUUCAGUAUUAUUAAAAAUAAUGAAAUGUAUUUUCACUGAUGCGGCUUUAUAUUAUUCUGUUUGACUUCAUAUUAAAUUGAAACGUGGAAAAAAUAUAGUAAUAUAAUUACCUGUAUGCCGUGUUCGCUCCGCGGUAUAUGUUUUAUAACGAUUUAUCUAAGUCAGUAUUGCUGCAGUAACUUAAAAACGCCAAACGAAAUUAUAUUAAGUACCUUAUUUAACUUUUUUUUUUUUUUUUUAGUUUUGUUAACAUUACGGAGAUUUAUUUUAUUUUAUACGCAAUACUAUUACUACGUUUUAUCGGUAUCCAGUGCAAAAAAAAAUCAAAUCAAAAAUCAAAUUAGUUGGUUUUUUCCUUUAUGCGGCUUCAAAAGUCAAUACUCCUUAAGUAUAUACCUUGUACCUACCUACCUACCUAUCUAAACUUAUAACUGCGCUGUAAAAAUUAUUUUAAAUUAUGUUUUCACGUAUUUCGUUUCCAAGGGCAAAUUAAUACAGGGAUUCUUUUUAACCGUACAAAUUUCCAGUUAUUCCAGCAAACAAAUAUUUUAUUUGCUUACUAUAUUAUGAAAUACGCCUUCGCGUUUCGACUUUCUAAGUCUGUUAUUCAUACCAAUUAAAUCGGGCAAAAGGUAUUUAAAUUUAAAAAAGUAUAAAUACAUAAAGUUAUUUCAUGUAUAACUGUGAGCAACGGUAAACCAUUGGUAAUGAAAAUUAAUAUAAUAUUAAUCGUAUUUUACUACUUAUUGUCAAAGUAACCGAGAAAUCAUCAAAAAUGUUAAAAAUAUGACUGUUUUUUUUUUCUAUUUAUUAAAAAAAUUACAAAAGGAAAAUCAAAAAGCGACCUCCUUGGCACCAACUAGAUAACAAAUUUUAUAAAAAAGUUCCAAUAAAAUUUUUUAUUGCAGUAAGAUUUCUAGUUAAAAGUUAUUUACAUAUUUUACAAAAAACAAAAAUGUGGCAUAAUAAUAUAUUCCUCAUUCCUCGCUUUACUCAAAAUUUAAUUCUACUUAUAUUUAGUCUUUGAAAACCUGUGUAUUUUAAAUAGUUUGACCAAAAUUGCUUAAUAUUGUAUUUUCAAUAUUUUUCAACGGUACAUUGUAUUUGAAAUCGAAUACUUAAUUUAAUUCAAAUUCCUUUUAUUGAUUUUUAAAAUUGUUUUUCAUUUAUUAAAAUGAAAAGUAAAGCAUUAAACUAUAGUGUUGGGAGUUCAAUGAUUUCGUAAAAUUUUAACUUGUAAUACUGGUACCUAUUAAAAUCAGGUAUACACAAAUUGUAGUACUGUCCAAAAAACUGAAUAUUAGAAAGACUUACUUAACUAUCGGAAAAAAUAUUAUGUAAAAAAAUGUAUUUAUAAAUAAUUUUCAAAAGUAUUUGUAUUUGUACUUGAAUAAUUUUUUUUUAAAAGUAUCUCUUACUAGUCCGGCAAAGAUACAAGAACGUAUUAUUAACCUCGUGAUAUUUGUAUAAUUGUCGUAAAACUUCCAUGCGAAUAAAACACUUGAGAUUCCAAUACUUGCAGAUUUUUUUUCUAAUAUUUUAUUUUAAUCACGUACAUACCUAUACUGUCAUAAAAUAAUGCUCUAUCAAUUACCUAAUCUAUCUAUGCAUUAAAAGUUAGUGGAUAUGAUUUACCUUGAGAUAUAUAGAUAAAUCGAUUUUAUUAUUGGCACAUAAAACGAAAUUCCUCAAUCCUCACAAUGUGACAACUUAAUACAAAUUUUCUGUAGGUAAUAUUUUUGUCAUUUACCCAUAAAUGUUCCACACGAAACAGCAUACGAAAACUUUGCCUACAAUAAUACAUUUUUUGUAUCAUAUUGCCAGAAAUCAGUGUAUUUUUGACAUUUUCUUUUUAUGUCAAAAAUUCUAAAGUUUGCCUAUUUCUAUCUUUACUGUGGUCUGCAAUAAUAUCGUUAUCUCAUUAAUAAUCAAGCGGUGUUUUUGUUUUUUCUUUUAGUGCGAUUUGGCUCAGCGUCAAAUCGAUCAAUUAGACAUCGAGGCGUUCUACAAAGAAAACAAUUUUAUUGGCUGGACAGAGACAUCCGCUAAAGACGGACUUAUGGUUAACGAUUCUAUGCAGUAAGUAAAUUUUUUAUUAUUACUGGUGUCCAUUAACAUUUGAUUUGUUUUUAAGCAAAAAAAAAAAUAUAAACGUUAUUAACUUUUAAUUUGUAUAUAGGUUUCUGAUUAAUUCGAUGAUGGGACAGUACAAUGAUGAAACCGACCAGCCGGAACUCGUAAAACUCUCUGGUCCUAAUCCCGAAACUAAAAAAUCGUGCUCAUUUUGUUAG